AAACCUUUCUCUCGAAGCGCGGAGGAAACUAGCUUUCACGUCCUUCUCCUUCAGUAUCUCUUCCUCAUUUCCUUUACCAACCUCAUUUCUCCGUCGUCUAGCUCUUGCCUGGUUUUUUCUGUCCCACCAUAGUCUCCUUCUCCUUCCUAGAUCUGAUGCCAGCCUUCCCUUCCCUUUCUUUUGGAGCACCAGAUCUAGUGCUUCCCUCCCCCUUUUGUUGCUGGGUGGUCGUUUUAGGCACGACAGAAGGCUGCUCUACGGCGUUGAGCUGUGUAGCCGAAGUGUUCUUGUUUGGUGGAGUCAGUGUUGCUUCUCGCCUUCUAAGUUGCGGUUGAGGUGUUCCCUUUUGGUUGAGCUGUGUUGCUUCUCAUUUCUUGAGUUGCGGCUGUCGAGUUCCUGUUUGAUUGAGCCUAUGCUACUUCUCAUUUUUGUGGUGUAACCUCUCCUUUUUGCUAUUUGCUGGUUUUAUUAUUCGGGGUUGCUUUGUGGGGUUGAUCUUCGGUUGUCUCAAUCAUCGUUGCUUGUUGCUUCCGUAGAAGUGAAGACAUUGGUGUUGGAGGUGCUUCGAGUCUCUAUUUUUGGUGGCUUUGUUGCGGCUUGAUAGGAUUCCUUCCUCAUUGUACUUGUUGCUGCCUUUAGUUGCCGAAUGGAGGUCUUUCCCUGUCGUGGUUGGCGGUUCCUCUUUUGGUUUUUGCUUUUAGGUGUUGUUACUCUCACUUGAAGAUUGUUUAUUGCUGGUACAAUAAUCGUACGGCUUGGGUAGAUUUGGUUGGCCGUAACUUCUCCGUGGAUCCCCGGACGCCGCCGCCGCCGCACAUCCAUCACUUCCGCAAGCUGGCCAAGCUCCCUCCAAGGUGCAAUCUCAAUGGCCUUCAUUCUGAUAAUUACUCCGCUCAUUUUAUUGUGGAUCAUUUCCCUAUGCAAAAUUCUCCUUCUCUCACGGAUCCCUUUCAAUAAACAUUUUACACAAAAUGGUAGAGCUCUUCGGAAGAGAAAUGUCUUGUUGGUUAUUGCUCACCCCGAUGAUGAAUCCAUGUUCUUCACCCCAACGAUAAAUUUUCUGACUUCAAGAGGGCAUAAUGUUCAAAUACUUUGCUUAUCAAUUGGUGAUGCAGAUGGCAAAGGAAACAUCAGAAAACAAGAGCUUUUUCAGGCUUGUGUAGCCCUCAAGAUUACGAUGCAACAAGUGAAGAUUGUCAAUCAUCCAGAACUGCAGGAUGGCUUUGGUAAAGUUUGGAAUCAUAGCUUAUUGGCAAAGUUCAUUGAGGAUGAAAUAACUAGUCACUGCAUUGAUAUGAUGAUUACUUUUGACAACUAUGGUGUCUCAGGUCAUUGUAAUCAUCGUGACGUGCACUAUGGAGUAUGCAGCAAGCUACUGCAUGAUGCCUUACGAAGAGAUGUUGAAGUUUGGGAGCUUAUUAGCACCAACAUAUUACGCAAAUAUAGUGGUCCUGUUGAUAUUUGGUUGUCCAUGUUUUUGGCCAUGCUGCAAUCAAAUGGAACAAUGCAGUGCUUGGUAAAUGAGCAAUAUUGUAGGAGCCUUAAAGCUAUGGCCCAACACUCCAGCCAGUGGGUGUGGUUUCGCAAGCUAUUUGUUGUGUUAUCCAGUUAUACCUAUAUGAACACUCUUAGAAAGAUCAAGUGAAGUUACAGUGCUGAAAAGUUGUGAUCCAUUUCUUCCCUUGUACUUUGGCUGCGCAUUCUUCCCACUAAGAGCUCAAUAGGGGAGGGGAAGAGGGGGGGAGGGGGAGGAGAAGGAGGGGUUCUCGCUUGUGCAUGACAUCUCAUUGCUGUUAGAUUGUUGCAAUAAUUGUCAUUGUGUCUUCAAGAGGUAAAUUGUUGCGAUAAUUGUCAUUGUGUCUUCAAGAGGUAAAUUGUUGCGAUAAUUGUCAUUGUGUCUUCAAGAGGUACGCAAUUUAUAUUGAUUUCAUUGGUGUUCUAAAUUCUAUAGUAUAGAUCUCGGAUCGAUCAGAAAUUCUCCAUCACUUAAAUUUUGAUAAUUUAACUCAUUGGAUCGGAAAUUCUCCAUCGCUCUUGAUGAUUAUGGUGAUAUUUUUUGUAUUGUUAUUCAAUUAAUGUAUUGUUGGUUUUAUUCAAUUUUGAUAUGGUUUCGUUUAGUUCAAAUUGAUUUUCCUUUGUGUUUUAAGUACAAAGUCUAUGCCUUCUUUUAAUAUAUAAAUCAAAACUGAAUUGAAAUAUUGAACUUCACCUUGUGAGUACAACACUUUAGGUUUGUAAUAUUUUUUUUGUUUCUGGAAACCAAGACACUUGCUUUCUUGAAGAGUUGUAUGGUGGCAGAGAAGUCAAUUUUUUAUGAAUGAAAAAUAUGUAUCUUGUUACUUGAUUUGUUUGAUUGAUCGUAUAAUAUAUAUACAACUCUUUAAUUAAUUUGGAUAUGCAUUUUUCACUUCUAUCGACAUAAAAAAUGUUGAAUAGAUAGCUUGUUAUUUUUCUUGAAAGCUCAUGUGAUUAUUUGAUCCAUUAUUAUUUGAGAAUCACCAGAUAUAUAUUUAUAUUUAUUAAGUAAAAUAGAAAAUAGAAGGUUGUGAUUGAAUGAUGGUGUAAAACUUUUUACACCGUCGGUGCAUAGAAAUUAAUCUCAUUUAUGAAACUUAAGCUGAAUUGAUAAGUAUGUUGAAUAAAGGUGGACCCAAGUAACCUAAGGUUUAUGAUGUAUGAAAACUAGGGUUAUACUUAUAACAAUAACCUAGUUUCCAUCCAUCAUUGGCCCUAGGUUACUUGACCCUACACUAUAAUUCAACCUAUGGGCUUAAGCCCAAUAAAUAUAAAUAUUAUAUAAUUACAUGGACUUCUGAAAAAAUUGUUAAGUUAUCCAUUUAUUAUGUUGAUUGGUGGACCUUGCUUUUAUGAAACUUGUUGAAUAAAUAACCGGAUACUUUUACUAGAAGCUCAUGUGAUUAUUUGAUCAAUUGUUAUUUGGAAAUCUCCAGGUAUAAUAUUUAUAUUCAUUGGACUUAAGUUUAAUUGAUAAGUGUGUUGAGUUAUCGUGUAGGGUUAAGUAAGGUAAGGUUCGUGAUGCAUUAAUACUUUGAUUAAUGUUAUGCUAUGUAUAUGGUAUAUAGUAUAGCAAUUGUCACAGUCUACAUCCAUAAUCGACCUUAUCUUACUUGACCCUACAUUAUAAUUCAACAUACUUAUCAAUUGAGCUUAAGCCCAAUAAAUAUGAAUGUUAUAAAUGAUGAUACUGAUAGAAAAAGUAACUACAUGGACUUCUGGAAAAAGUGUCAAGUUAUUCAUUUGUUUAUAAAAUCAAGAUCCAUCAAUCAACAGAAGCCCACACACAAGAAAUUCUAACAAAAAGUCAGGAUAGUAUCAAGAAUAUGUGUCACACAUAAUUUGUAUAUAUUUAUGAUGUGUGUUUUUUUUGGUACAUCGGAAAAUAUUUAUGAUGUGUUUUUUUUUAUAUUACAGUUUACAUGAUAAAUAAUGAAAUUAUAUUUCUAAACUAUUGUAACUUUUAUUGGUGUACUUAAUAUAAAAAGUUACUUCAAGUUUUUGUAACUGAAAAAAGAAACAAUGUAAUUGUAAAUUAAGAUAAUGGAAUGAUGAGGUAGUGACAUGAUGAUAACAUUGAGAGUUCAAUUUUUCAUUUCCAUUACUCAAUUUUACAUUCCUUUUAAUGUAGUAAUUUCAAUAUCUCCUGCUUUAUUAUUUUCCCGUUAUUGAAAAUCAGGUAGUAUAUUUUUAGCACGCCGGGAUUUAAAACCCGUUAAUGUUGGUUUUUAACCAGGUAUUUUGUUUUUUAAUAUACCGGUUUAAGAAAAGUUGGUAGUACAUUUUAACAUACUGGGAUUUAAAAUUGAUCCUGUGUUUUUUUAGAAUUUGGAUCCUCUCCUGCAGCAUUUCUCUCCUGCUCCCUCCUGCAGUAUUUUGGACCAUUGGAUUAAUCUAACGGUAAACACUAAAUGGGUUUAACAAAACAAAAAUACACAUGAGCCAGAGCCAGUUCCACCAAUACAUUGUCCUUGUCGUCGACGGCGUCGAGCCACUCACCCCCUCCUCCUUUGAUCGCUACUAUGGUCAUCUUCGGCGGGGAUCUUGUCUGGUUCUCCGGUAACGUUAACGUCGUCUUUCAGCUUCUCUUUUCUGGCGAUCAUCAUCCUCCACCGCUGCCGCUCCUCAACCACUACCUCCUUAUCCUCUGUUCCAACUUCCAAGCACCUUGACUGUUUAUCCAAGCUGGCUAGAUUCAUUAUCAGGUUAUGUUUUGGGUUUGAUGCUGAUACCUUGUAGGUGACCCCUUUAGAAUUCAUAUGAUCCCCAAUUCACCAAUUCCAAAAUUCAUAAGAUCCCCAAUUCCAGAUUCAUACCACUGCCAUGAAAUUUCAAUUCAGAGAUGUAAGGAGCACACCGAUGGCGGAGAAGAAGUGAGAGUGGGGGAAAUGGGUGAGGAAGAAACUGUUGGGAUGAUGUGACAGUGAUAGUAGGCGAAGAGGGGGAGAGCUGGAUUUGGAACCCCAACCCUUAGAUUUCACACCCCCAAUUUUCGGAUUUUUGGGUUCCGAAUUAUUUCGGAAUCUUAUAUUCCGAAAUUAAUUCAUGAUUUGUAGUGCAAAAUACAUGUAACAUCUCACUUUUGAGUGAAAAAAUACUUCGGAAACCUUAUUUCCGAAAUAUUUCGGAAACUAAGUUUCCGAAAGUGGGGUGACAUUUCUAAUGAGUGGGGUGUCAAAUCUAGCACUCGAAGAGGGGGUGAGAUGUCGUGUUCAUGCCGGAGAAGACAAUGUUUUAUUUGAUUAAUUAAAUCUAUUUAAUAUUUUCUGAUUAUUUUAAUGUGUGACAUCUGAACCGUUGGGUUCAUCCAAUGGUGCAAAAUGUUGCACGAGGGAGAUGGAGAGAGCAUAGUGCUGGAGAGGAUCCGGAUUCGUUUUUUUUUUACCUACAGAGACUUAAAGUGUAUUUUUAAUGUAGCGUAUUCUUAGUAGACCCGGAUUUAAAACUCAGUAUGUGCUUCGAUUUUCAGGAAAAAAAAAAUCCUAUAUGUAGUGUUGGA